GUGUGCCUCGUGGGCUGUACACGUGCGCGCACCCGAGCCUGCCCGCCUGAACUUCGUGGUCCCUGGCUCGGCGUUUCCUCCUCUGCAGCCUUCCCAGCACCUACUGCCAGAAUCCGGCGUUAUGGCUGCCGCCAUUCCCCGCGCCGCUUCUCUCUCCCCAUUAUUUCCACUUCUCCUGUUCCUCCUCUCCGCUCCGCAAGACAGCAGUGGCCUGCACACCAAGGGCGCCCUUCCCCUGGAUACAAUCACUUUCUACAAGGUCAUUCCCAAAAGCAAGUUCGUCCUGGUGAAGUUUGACACCCAGUACCCCUAUGGUGAGAAGCAGGAUGAGUUCAAGCGUCUGGCUGAAAACUCAGCUUCCAGUGAUGAUCUCCUGGUGGCAGAGGUGGGGAUCUCAGAUUAUGGCGACAAGCUGAAUAUGGAGUUGAGUGAGAAAUACAAGCUGGACAAAGAGAGCUACCCAGUCUUCUAUCUCUUCCAGGAUGGGGACUUUGAGAACCCAAUCCUGUAUAGUGGGGCAGUUAAGGUUGGAGCCAUCCAGCGCUGGCUAAAGGGACAUGGGAUCUACCUAGGUAUGCCUGGUUGCCUGCCUGCGUAUGACACCCUUGCUGGGGAGUUCAUCAGGGCCUCUGGUGUGGAGGCCCGCCAGUACCUCUUGAAGCAGGGGCAGGACAACCUCGCGAGUGUGAAAGAGACUGACAAGAAGUGGGCUGAGCAAUACCUUAAGAUCAUGGGAAAGAUCUUGGACCAAGGUGAGGAUUUCCCAGCAUCAGAGAUGACCAGGAUCACCAAGCUGAUUGAGAAGAACAAGAUGAGUGAUGGGAAGAAGGAAGAACUCCAGAAGAGCUUAAACAUUUUGACUGCCUUCCAGAAGAAGGGGGGUGAGAAGGAGGAGCUGUGAGAAGGCACUCCAGGGUUUGGUGGGGUGGGGAGGGGUAAGUUACCUUCUGGCUGUGAAACUCUCCUGGGAUAUCAGGGAGUUGUAGGCAAAGUGGCACGAAACCAGAAAUCUAAGCAUGCGUGGAUACUGACGCUGAUGUGACUAGGCUCGGAACAUCUCUGUAGCCGGUCGCGGAUAGCUGGUGAACACUUAGAUGGCUUGUGAAAUUCCCCCUCAGAAGAAAUUGGUGCUAUAAAGAGGAGUAUACUGCCCAGGUUCUUGAAAGGUAUGAUUCUGAUCCCAAUUAAAGUUUCUGUGUUUUCGUUAAGUA